AUGUCCAUACAGCCCGCGAACUUGAAUUUGGACGGCCUGUCGAUGGAGCCAGUAAAGGUGGCUAGCUUACGGAGGUGGAUCCUGAGCUUGGCGAUAGUCGACUUCGACCUGGAGGUUGGGCCUAAGGUCAGUUGUGUAUACCCACCCCUCAACCUAUCACCGUCCGAGGAAGUCAACAUUGCCUUCUCUUCAUUUCCAGACUCGCCUCAGUUCGAGCAAGGCUCGCAGACGCACUCCUUCCGGAUACGCGUCCACAGUCCCGCUGAGGACAAGCUCCUUCGCCCUGGCGACCAGCGGCCUCAGACAGAAGAUGGCUUCCUCUACGGCUUCUCCCAGUUCACACAACGUAGGGACGCGAACUCGAAGCGUGGAUACCAGCAGCGAUCCGUAGUCAUCCUGACCCAUCUAGCAUACCCAGCAUUAUUCUAUACUCUCGUAGAGAGGCUUGGCCCAGCAGUUCUGGCGCACGGCGGCCCUAUGCUCGAAGCGGCCUGUCAUAAUAUUGCUACUUGGUUAGACCCCUCGCCGGGUGCAACGCUAGAGCUAGGGCUCCUCGGAAGUGUCAUUAUUGCGGAGCUUCCCGCUGGUGUUGACACCCAGCAAGCACUACCAAGCUCCGCGAUCAGUAGGAAGAAUGCGCGUCGAGAGACAGAGUACCAGUUAUUGGUAUCUCUACCUCCGCCAGAGCCGCCAGUGUUAUCCCUGUUCGAGGCCUGCCUACCACAACUCUGGUCAAUAUGGGAGUGCCUCGUCUUAUGCGAGCCUAUCCUUGUCUAUGGUCCCUCUCCCGUCAUGACCAGUCAAGCGAUAUGGUGGUUGCGUGACGUGCUCCGACCAAUCCCCGUGGCGGGUGACUUCCGACCAUUCUUCACCAUCCAUGAUGCAGACCAUGCAGCACUGGUCAACACUCGCCCACCAUCAAGCGGGCUGAUCCUGGGCGUGACGAAUCCAUACUUCGACCGUGCAUGCAAGCACUGGCCACAUGUGUUGAGUCUCGGACGAGCAUCAUCGACCAAGUCGGAUCCGAAUGCACCUGCUGGACCUCCUCCAGGGUGGAAGACAAAGCAUAGUCGCUACGUCUCAAAAGACCAGACGGUGCUUCAGCAGCUCCAGGCGGCUUGCUCGGGCUCGGAGCAAGCAAAACGUGAAGCCUCUGCGCUCAUGCGCCAGCACUUCUCAUCACGUACGGCAGCAUUACUUGUGCCGCUCCAGCGUUACCUGCAAUCUCUGAUCCCGCUCCCGUCGUCCUCUGCCUCCACGGGGUUCCCGUCCCCAAGCCCAUCUUCCGCAUUCCCUAGAUUCGCAGCGAACCCCGGAUUUCCCAAGUCCUCGGCAGCGUCCGUGUUUCCUAGGUCAGCAGCAUCGGGGGCCUAUCCCAGAUCGUCUGCCUCCAGCCUCUUCCCGCCGACACCACUGCCCGGGGCGUUUCCCAACUCCUCUACGUCCUCGGGUCUCAACUCGCCGGACUCAUCGGGCGCAGAAUCGCCCAGGGGUACAUCGUCCAGGUCGGUCUCGCCGUCGCCGAAUCCCGCGCCCAUCACAAGCCCAAGCACGCAGCGCACGGUGCCUCCCGCUCUGAACAUCCCGCCACGGGCAACCGAGGGCGAGCUCGACCCGCCCUUCGCUACCGCGUCCGACGUCGCGCUGAACUCCUCGCUGCCCUCGGGGCACAGCGCGUACUACACGCCGCUGAGCACGACCUCAAACGCGUAUGCGGCGCUCGGGACGAGCAGCCCCGCGUCCUCCGCGACGCUCACGCCCGCGACGCCGCGCCUCGCGCCGUUCAGCGAGAAGGCGUUCCUCGCCAACCUCAAGCCGCUCGCGCUCCCAUUCAAAAGCAGCGGGAAGGCGAAGGAGUUUUAUGGCCGCUGGAUACGCAGCCCGGCGUUCGGCGUGUGGAUCGGGCGCCAGGAGGAGGCAGUCGACAGGGUGCUCGGGGCGAGGGCUGCGGGGCUUGCGUAGCGAUCAGCUAGGUUCUCAUCUUGUGCUAUGUUCUGGAGGUGUCGUGUAUCUCUAUAUUGGCAAUUGGAGCUAGGAUUUGUCUCGCU